AUGUGGAAGCUCGGAGACGACCUUCGUCUGCGUCCGGAGGACCUUUCUGCCGCGGAGUUGGGCUCGACCCUCCGCUCCUUAGUUGGGGACGACCAAGGGUACCCGCCGGAAUCCUUCGUUCCCUUGUACCGCCGCCCAGAUGGGGCGGAGACUGCCGCCGCCAUGCCUGUCUUUGAUGGGCGUGGGCUCGUGCCGCCUGCGCCCUCGGAUGUCCCGGUGAAGACAACUCCGGUGGUGGUGUCCUCCGCCGAGGAGGAGGAGCAGGAUUUGGCGGCCACCCCGGAGGGGUCUGGGGAGACCUCCCCUCCGCGCAAGGCUGAUCUUCUUCGCGCCUUGCCCGACGACGCCGACGCCGACGACCACCUGGUGAAGGAAGUCCCGCCUCCCGCUGGGGUUACCACAAGGCCGACGUCGUCCUUGAAGAAGAAGAAGGAGGGGGCGACCACAUCCUCUGGGACCCAGCAGCCUGGCACAGCCGCACCUCCUCGGGCGCAAAAAGGCGGCGAUGGAGCCCAUACCUCUCCGGCCCGGUCGUCCUCACGAGGCCCAGAGGAGCAUCUCCAGGAGAGGGCGACCCCCAAGGCCUUGCCAGCUCCUGAGGCGCUCGUCCCCAGCCCACCGGCCGAGGCCCCGCAUGCUCCAGAGCUCCUGGCCUCUUCUUCCACCGCCAUCAACCUGCAGGUGUUGGCGACGACGCUGCCUCCUUCUUCCGCCUCACCAUUAGUUCGUAAUCCUUCUGCCUCGCCUGACGUCCUGGAGCACGCUCUUUCUGCACUGACCCUGCUGCGGGAGAAUCUUCACGGCACCGACCAUCGCCUGGUGGCCGGACGCCUGGAGCUGACCUCUGGCUGGCUCCACUCCAAUGCGUCCGUCCGGGCGGCACUAAGCCAGGCUGCAGCGGCUUCCGAGAAGGACAAGCAGGCCAUCGCCCAAGCCGUGGCUGCCCGUGAGGUGGCGCUGAAGGACGCCGGGGCUGCCUAG